GCGUGUGAGCAACAGGUUUUUCUUCUGGCGGCUUCAAGCUCUCUGUUCGCUAGGAAAAGAUUGUGAUAAACCUCCGAAGGACUACGUUUUGUUUUGUUUGUUUUUUAAUGACUGCAGUGUUGGUUUAAGGUAGAAGACAAGCUGCAGAGUUUUUCCUGUUGGAUUCAGGUUCCGCCUGUCUGUUGAAAUGAGCUCUGCCAGAUAUCACGGCCAAAUUGGCCAGCAAGAGCAGAUGGUGUUCCUAACCAGCAAGGAGAAGAAGGCAUCGUCAAGGAGGACUGGCAUCCUGAUCGGCAGCAUUGUGGGACUCUUUGUCCUCUUGGCUGUUGUAGGAUUCCUCAUUUGGUUCUUUGUCUUUAAAGAGGAUAGUGAUUCCACUGUAAGCAAGCACGUAAAACCAUUAGUGAAGCUUUUCAGUGGUCAUAUGAAGAUUGAUGGUGUGGAUUAUGACCAACAGCUGGAGGAUACGUCUAGCAGCGAAUUCAAGGCUUUGGCUAAAAAAAUGGAGACACUCCUGGGUGAAUACUACCAGAAUGGUCCAAUCCUUAGCAAGUUUUACACAGGAUCUGCAGUCACUGCCUUCAGUGAGGGAGUUAUUGCCUAUUACUGGUCCCAGUUUGAUAUUCCAGUCACCAGCCUGGAGCUCGUGCCAGAUGUAUCUGAGGAGCGGGUUUUGGAUGUCUUGGAAAACAGCAUUAAGAUGCAAAGCCUAGAGAGAAACAGUAAUGAAAUCAGGGUGACCGAAAUCACUGCUUCACUAACAGAUUAUCGUAUGGCCAGGACACCCACAGAAGUGUGUAUUAUUAUUAUAACUCAGUUGGAACCUGUUUUUAAAGGUUGCUUUUCCUUGUUUAUCCCCAGACAAUGCGGCCAAAGGCCUCCCUCUAACCUCCUGAGCGUUGUGUCAUCCGGUAACAUCAUGCUUAUUAACUUCAUUGCUGACACCGAUGUUCAGAAGCCAGGCUUUCUAGCAGAGUACACAAUCAUCCCCAAAACUAAAGCCCAGGAGUGUGGAGGUGACCUAUCUGAAGUCAAUGGAAAUCUGACAUCUCCACUUCAUCCAAGUUUCUAUCCUCCUGCCACUGACUGCAAGUGGACCAUUAAGGUCUCUCAAGGGAAAAAAGUACGUGUGACUUUCAAGAUGUUCCGCAUGAAGGAGCCUGAUGUAGAUGUUAGAAAAUGUCAUAAGGACUAUGUGGAAAUUAUGGGGAAACGAUAUUGUGGAGAACUAUCGUCGUUGGCUCUGACCAGUGAGUCCAACAUUCUUGAGGUGAAGUUCCACUCCGAUGAGUCCUAUACCGACAAAGGCUUUUUUGCACAGUACAAUGAAUUUGAUCCUAAUGACCCUUGUCCUGGCAAGUUUGCCUGCAGAAAUGGCAUGUGCAUCGAAAAAAAACUAAAGUGUGAUGGCUGGAAUGACUGCGGCGACUUGAGCGAUGAGAAGAGCUGCAGUUGUGCAGAAGAACAGUUUUCCUGCAGUAAUGGUUUAUGCAAGCCAAAAAUGUGGCGUUGCGAUCGGGUGAACGACUGUGGAGAUGGAAGUGAUGAGAAACACUGCACCGGUUGUGAGCCAAAUGAGUGGAAAUGUGGAAACGGGGUUUGUCUUCCCCAAGACGUUAUCUGCAAUAAUUUGAAGGACUGUGAGGAUGGAAGUGAUGAGGCCUCAUGCGAAAGCUCUCCAAAUAUGUGCUCUGACUACAGCUUUAAAUGCACCAGCGGGCAAUGCAUCAACAAGGUGAAUGCUGAAUGUGACCGUGUCAGUGACUGCUCUGAUAAUUCAGAUGAAGCUAUCUGUGACUGCGGCACCAGGCCUUACAAGCUGAACCGCAUCGUAGGAGGGCAGAACGCAGACACUGGAGAGUGGCCCUGGCAGGUCAGCCUUCACUACCGGACAUCUGGCCAUGCUUGUGGCGCCUCAGUCAUCUCGGAUAGGUGGCUCUUGUCUGCAGCUCACUGUUUCAGAUUUUCUAACGAGCAUGGUCUCGCAAACAACUGGGUUACUUACAGUGGUUUGCAUUCUCAGUUCAAUCCGGAGGAAGCUCAGAUGCGUAAAUUGAAGAGGAUAAUCAUCCAUGAAUUUUACAACUCGAUGACCUUUGACUACGACAUUGCUCUGCUAGAGCUCAAUGAGCCUCUGGAGUUCAGCAACACCAUCCAACCAAUCUGCCUCCCCUCAUCCUCUCACGUCUUUCCUCCGGGAAUGUCCUGCUGGAUCACAGGCUGGGGCGCAGCACGGGAAGGAGGUGGUGUGCAGAUCGUCCUGCAGAAGGCAUCUGUGAAAAUCAUCAAUGAUAACAUAUGCAAUGAGGUCUUGGGUGGGCGGCUUACAUCCAGGAUGUUCUGCAGCGGAUUCCUGGCAGGAGGAGUUGAUGCAUGCCAGGGAGACUCUGGAGGGCCCCUGGUUUGUUUCGAGGAAAGCGGGAAGUGGUUUCAAGCUGGCAUUGUGAGCUGGGGUGUGGGCUGUGCACGUCGGGAUAAGCCUGGAGUCUACUCCCGCGUCACCAAGCUCAGAGAUUGGAUCAAAAGGGAAACAAACAUUUAAAGACCAGGAUGAUGUGAGGAGCAGCAGCAGGGAACAGCAGAGGGCUAAAAAUGGUGAAGAUGUAACAUUUUAAUUCCAGCCAAGUCUCUUUGAGUGUAAUGUCUUCAUUAGUCAGAGUAGCAUACUGUUUUGUGGAGCCCAGCUUUUGAAACAAUGACUCUAAGCACUUUAUUUGGUUGCCAACGUUCCACAGGAACUCCACAGACUCAAGAUUUUAACCUUUUCUAAAAGUUUCUCUUUCCUGCCUGUUGUUCUCUCAUGUAUUCAUGCAAUAUGGCACUGGUGAAUACACUACAGAAAGAAU